GUGAGGAGAAGUGUUGAGGGCUUUAGGGAAGUAGCAGCAGACAGGAGGAGGGACUCUGACAGAUGGUCCAAAAACUAAACUGUUGUUGGGAUCGAUACUGCCAAAUCUAUUCUACAAAGGGGCGGAAUCUUUUCACUCUGAACUCUAUUUCUUCCUUCUCUCUCUGUCUGUCUCGCAUCAUGCCACGUUUGAGAUCACGCCUGUGAUGGGCUGAGCGAUCAUCACCAUCCUCCUCCUGUUUACGCACAGCUGCAGCUCAGAGCGGGCGCACCAGACAGAAGAAGAAGAAAAAAAGUUACCGGAGUUUGUUUGAGAGUUUGUCUUUCUGUUGCCAACAUUUCUGCGGCUCCGAUCACCGAAACCGCCCCCAGCAAUGCUGGACUGAAAGCCCGUCCCGAGGAAUGGCAUCGGCGGUGUUUGAAGGGACGUCGCUGGUCAACAUGUUUGUCCGGGACUGCUGGGUCAACGGGAUCCGGAGGCUCAUCAUCAGCCAGCGCGGAGAGGAAGAGGAGUUCUUCGAGAUAAGGACAGAGUGGUCUGACAGGAACAUUUUAUACUUGCACCGGAGUUACUCCGAUCUGGGCCGCUUGUUUAAAAGACUGGUGGAGUCCUUCCCUGAGGACAGAGGAGACCUGUCCAAGUGUCCCCUGAUAGAAGGGCUUGUAAAAAUCAAAGAGGCCAAUGACAUCGAGGAGAAGUUGAACGAGGUGGAAAGGCUACUGAAGAAUGCGAUCAACAUGCCAUGCAAGUAUUCCAGGUCAGAGGUGAUGUUGACUUUCUUCGAGCGAUCGCCGCUGGACCAGGUGCUGAGGAAUGACAAAGUCCACAGAAUCCAGCCGUGCUUUCAGAGUCCAAUCAAGAUAUCAGAAAUCAUGCGGUCCAAUGGAUUCUGUCUGGCCAACACAGAAACCAUCGUGUUUGAUCACAGUCUCCCGGAGGAGAAAGAGAGACCCUCAUCCACGGACUCUGUGGACAAUACAUAUGAGGAUGGAACAGAGUUUUUGCCGAUGGAAGCGGACGUGUGCGACGAGGAAACAGAGGCGUACGUCACCAACCUUUCCUACUACCAUCUGGUCCCAUUUGAGACUGACAUCCUCGAAUGAAGCCCUGUUGGAUAUCACCAUCAUCGUCGUCACCAGUGAGGACUCUUAAAUGGAACCAAGCUAUGCAACUCUGCACAUAGCUGCUCCGAGUGAAUGCUGCUGCUGCUUAUCCUACAAACCUCCACUUUGUUCUCGCCACUUUGAGCAGGCGUCACCGGCGUGCCUCAUUCAGAGCCUUAUCCUCAAGAAAAAUAAACACAUGAUGGGAUUGUUUUCGUGCUGACUGGCUUUCGGGUGUCGUAACACACCUGCGGCGGCCACGACGGAGUCCGCCAGACCAGAUGCAAACAGCUGGAGGGGUUUCACAACAUUUCAGAAGACUUUUAAUAGCAUCUGACGCAUCAAUGGCUGAGGUUUGGAGUGUGACAGAAGGAAGAGACGUGCCUCAACGUAUAUUAGGAGAUACAUUUACAGUAUUGGACCACUCACUGUUUCCUCAGAACUUUAUUUGUUCUAUCCUAAAGGUGCAAUAUCUAAGAAUUUGCCUCCUGUUCUUCAAACAAAUUAAGGUGGUGACAGAGUAAGCUAACCACUCACUGCUGCUAACUGUAGCUGCCGUGAGCUCAUUAGCUCAGUUAGCCGUGCAGCUAGAGGUCCAGACUGGGAGUGUUUAUAUUGCUAGCACAGGCCGGGAGUUAGCCAUUAGCAUGCUAGCUUCAGUUGGUUUGAUAACUCUGCAAAACAAUACAUAGAAGUCAGAACUGUUAUUUCUUCCCAUUCUGUUGAGAAUUGUAGUUUGAAAUCUUACAUAUCGCACCUUUAUUGUUUUUAUGGGCCCAGUUCGUUCGCUGGGAGAUACGCGACGCAGCUACAAAAGCCUGUUGCCGCCUCUUUUAACCCUGAAGUGUUAUCCAUAGUUUUCAAUGGUUUUUACUCCUGUGGGAACACAGGAAGCCGCCACAAAGCUUUGUGUGUGAUAUUUUGUUUACGCUGCAGUUUCCACCAGCAUUUAGGAACUUAUUUUGUUUGUAAAAUACCAGCUUGAAACUCAGUUCACUUCCUCGUUUGUUGCUGUGAUACACAGUCGGAUCUUUAGCGUGAGAGUACCCCGAGGUCCGAGUGAAACGAGACUGCCAGGGUUUCAUAACAUAGUUUGGCCUCAUCUUUAUAUUUCAAAAUAAAACCUUAAUGAAUGAGUAAUGAGGCUUUUUGUUUUUGUGCUUUUCUGUUUCACUUGGCUCUUGGAUUACUGUCAAAUUAAAGAACAUACAUUAAAAAUGUGUCAUCAUUUUGUCGGAACACUUUCCAGAGAGUGAACUUAAAGCUGCCUUCAUGGAUGUCUGUAAAACUCUGUAUUUUUGUCUGAAUAAUAAUAAUGUAAUACGUGUUUGUAAUGUUGCUUUUUUCUGUCUAUAAACAUAAGCGCUGCGUGGAUCAUCUCGCUGCUUCUCUGGCGAUGAAAUGGGGCAAAGAGAGCUUUGUUUUGUGGGUCAAUCGAGGUCACGCCUGUAAGAUGACGUGCGUGGGUUCAGUCAGACGGCCGAGUGUGGGAGUCCGCUGCUCAGCCUGCGAUGAGAGGGAACAAGUAACGUCUUUAUUUGAAGGAGACAAACGACCGUGCUGUACUAAAAGUUUCUAUAGGUUAAAGUUGUGUGAACUAGGCAAACAGUUGAUUAAAAUUCAUGCCUUUUGUAUGUUUUAUGGGUCCUCCCAACACGAGGAGGCUGCUUUCACUUCUCGUUUUAUAUGAAACGGUUGACAAACAUUGCCUGUGUUCUUGCAAAAAAAUUGUUACUACUUCUGAAGGAUUAACUGCAAGGAAGACCGGUGAUGUUGAUUGUUUUGAUACUUUUAUUAAUGCAGAGGUCAUUGUUGCCUCACUGUGCAGGCUGCCAGCUUCUCUGCCCCUCCAAGAUACAAAAGGCAUUCAAGCCUCACAAACUUGGCACACGAGGCUCCGACAGGACGGUCCUCCGCAUGAGUCUGUUUAGUAACACAGUCAUGAUCACCAUUCAUCUCGUGAGAAAGUGCAGCUCUUUCUCAGGCUGCGAAACUAUUUCUUUUUCCCUUUCCUCAGAGAAUGACGUCUUGAACUGAUGGAUAGUCUUUGGACAAACAGCCCACGUGUAGAUAAAUAUGAUUCAAUAAAAGGAAACUGGAGUUUCUGAUAAAAAAAAUGUUCACACCAUGGUCAGAUUAUUUCUCACUUUUAUUAAAUCCCGAAUUAGUCUAAAGAUCAUUUUAAAAUUCAGAGCUUUAUCUAGCAUAAGACCCAUUGCAGGUGGUGUAAUGCAUAACUAGUGGACUAAAUGGUACUCAGCUGAUUUUAGUGAAGUGAAGUUAUGAAACAUAUCAAUACGCCCAUCGUGCCAGCAGAGGACAACAUGAAAACAUGAAAAUAAUGUAACACAAAAGCUUUAAUUUAUUUUGUAAACUUCCUCCAGUCUCUGUCAAACUAACCACUCUAUGUCGUGUUACUUCAUUUUCACAGAGGCCCUGAGGGACGAGCAAGAGUUUGUUUUUCUUCUGUUAAUCCAUUUUUGUCUGAUUCUCAUUAUCAGCUACCAAUUUUUUUUCUCCGAUUUUUUUGAUGUGUGCAAAAAAAAAAAAAAAAAAAAAAAAA